AUGGAUACUCCGAUUGAACCAGGCUCUCCCGCCUCUUCGGCAUCGUCCGACUCCAUCAUAGACGAUGACAUCCCGAUGCUCUCGCAGCCUGAACGUGACUCCCGCCCAGAGCGCUCAUCACUCGCAGCUAAGCGCCGACUUGCUGGAGGUGCCGGUGGACGCGAUCGUGACACGAAGGCGCGUCGCCGUGAGGACUCGGGUAAGGGAGCCGAGGGACCGAAGGAGGGCAGGCCACGCGAGGAGUACCUUGAUGUCGCACUGGCGGAUUAUAUCAGGAAGCUGAUCAAGGAUCCUUUCGACGAGGACAUCAUCAUUAUCAAUGCUUAG